GCUCCCGGAGAGGUCUGGGGCGGCUGUGGGGCGCGGUUGGCCGGGAGCCGUGGAGGACUCGGUGCCACGGGCCGACAGGGCCCCGCCAAGUGGUGGGGCCCAGACGCCUACGAAUAGGAAUCGGGAGAAAUGGCUUCCUCUGGAUGCCAUCCGCACGCGCGCUGGGGUGUUACCUUACUUCGAACGCGCUGCCUUGAGGACCCGGCUGACCCGUGCACCUACUGGGGGCUUGGGGCCGAGCCUUCCCGCUGGGAAUAAAGCUGGUCUGCGGGUGCGGAUUGGUGUCCUCCUCCGGAGGGCCGUGGAUUGCCUUGUCUCCGUGUGAUACAGUCAUUGAUUUGAUUGAUUACUUUGGGGACUGCAACGCCUAGAGAGAAAUAGGUUGGAGGGCAUCUGAACCUUCACCUUUGGAUGACCUAGUUUUGUGUUGCAACCUAAUUUUUGUCAAGGGGGACAUUAAAAAAUAAAAAAUCCCCUAAUGAUUAGAAUUUUGAUUUCAAGUCCACGUUUUAGAAAAUUUUUUCAGGAAAGAAAUACUUUGUCUUUUUAAAGCUCUUUAGUUCCUAUUUGUCUCACCCCUUGGGAGUGUAUUGCCAACCCCUCCUCACUCCCGCUCCACUCCCCAACCCACUUUUAAGGUAUUUUCCAAAACUCUGCUCCUAGAAAACUUAAAAGGUGAAAUGAGAGGAGAAAUACAAUAGGGGCUUUUUUAAAAAGAAAACUUUUUAAGGUUGACAUACAUUCAGUAAUAACAUUUCAACUUCAAAACUAUGCUUUCUUUAUUGUGUUUACUGAUAAUCUUAUCAGAAUGCAACAUAAUUUAUGAAUGAUUAAAUGUAAUACCCCAGUUAACAGUGUUAUAUAUUAGUACGUUUCAGCAUCAAAACUAGGAAGAACAACUAGGAAUGGCUGUGGAGGAACUUCAAUCCAUAAUAAAAAGAUGUCAAAUCCUAGGAGAGCAAGACUUUAAAGAAGAAGAUUUUGGCCUAUUUCAGUUAGCUGGUCAAAAAUGCAUAGAAGAAGGGCACAUAGACCAGCUAUUAGAAAUUAUUCAAAAUGAGAAGAAUAAGGUCAUCAUCAAGAAUAUGGGCUGGAAUCUUGUUGGUCCUGUUGUUCGAUGUCUUUUAAGGAAUGAUAAAGAUGAUGAUGAGAGAAAAGUUUAUUUUGUGAUGCUUGAUUUAUUGGUACAGUUAUGUAAUCCAAAGGAAUUAUUGUUGGGUUUGCUUGAACUGAUUGAAGAGCCCUCUGGAAAACAGAUCUCCCAAAUUUUCCUUAUUUUACUUCAGCCAUUACAAACAGUGAUUCAGAAACUUCACAACAAGGCAUAUUCAGUUGGACUAGCAUUGUCUACUCUUUGGAGUCAGCUAUCUCUUCUUCCUGUUCCAUAUUCAAAAGAACAAAUACAAACAGAUGACUAUGGGCUUUGUCAAUGUUGCAAGGCCUUAAUAGAGUUCACCAAACCUUUUGUGGAAGAAGUCAUUGAUGACAAAGAAAACUUACUGGAAGAUGAAAAUGAAAAGCUAAAAGAUGAAUUACUGAAAUUUUGUUUCAAAAGCUUGAAAUGCCCUUUGCUGAUGGCACAAUUCCUUGAACAAUGUGAAGAAGCUGGAAAUGAUCCUUUAAGAUAUUUUGCAUCUGAAAUAAUAGGUUUUUUAUCAGCAAUUGGACACCCUUUCUCCAAAAUGAUUUUUAAUCAUGGAAGGAAAAAGAGGACUUGGGAUUACCUUGAAUUUGAGGAAGAAGAAGACAAACAAUUAGCAGACUCUAUGGCUUCUCUGGCAUAUCUAGUAUUUGUACAGGGCAUCAGUAUUGAUCAGCUUCCAAUGGUCUUAAGCCCCUUGUACCUUUUGCAGUUUAAUAUGGGGCAUAUUGAAGUCUUCUUGCAAAGGUAAGAUCAUUUGAUCAUUUAGAUGGUAUCUCAGAAUCAAAAAGUAGAUCUGCUGGAGAAUGGUUUAUUGAGAAUAGAAGACAACAGUCUACUUUACCAGUACUUAGAAAUAAGAGUUUUCUUACUGUACCUCAGGUAAAUAACUAUGUAUUCUGAUAUUAAAAAUUCCCUUGCUUAUUCUGAACUUAAUAAGGUAAGGAGGAAAAGAGUUUAGCUAUGUUCAUUAUAUAUUAACAAGUUGGAUUCACAGGGCAAUAUACGUUAUUUGGUUUAUUUCAAGUGCUUAUUGAAUACAAGUAAUCACUCAGGUGUGGAGGCCUUUAUUAUUCAAAAUAUCAAAAAUCAAAUUGACAUAUCAUUAAAGAGAACACAUAACAACAAAUGGUUUACAGGACCACAGCUGAUUUCCCUUCUAGAUUUGGUACUCUUUCUCCCAGAGGGUGCUGAAACAGAUUUAUUGCAAAACUCAGAUAGGAUUAUGGCUUCAUUAAAUUUAUUGAGGUAUUUGGUUAUCAAAGACAAUGAAAAUGACAAUCAAACUGGAUUAUGGACAGAACUCGGAAAGAUUGAAAAUAAUUUCUUAAAGCCUCUCCAUACAGGACUUAAUAUGUCAAAAGCACAUUAUGAAGCAGAAAUUAAGAAUAGCCAAGAAAAUACCCAAGAAGUCCAGAAGACUAAAGACCUUUGUUCUAUAACUGUGGGUGGAGAAGAUCUCCCUAAUAUGCCUCCUGAAAUGCAGCUUAAGGUCCUACAUUCAGCUCUUUUCACAUUUGAUUUGAUUGAAAGUGUUCUGGCUCGAGUAGAAGAACUCAUUGAAAUAAAAACAAAGUCUACCUCUGAAGAAAACAUAGGGAUAAAGUGAAAAUUCUACUUCCUAAAUCAAAACUAAUACUGUAUUUCCAUUAAAAACUAAUACUGUAUUUCCA